GAACCAAGCUUGAACCUACCAACAAGUUCACAUUCACUUUAUCCUUCGAAUACAUUCUACUCGAUCUACAGACUGGCGACUGCCACAUCGUACGAUUUCUGAACCUGGCAAUACAAUGAUCCGUGGAGUACAUAAAGUUUGUGGCCAUAAUGCCUUCAUAUUGGAGCCGUAUAUCAGCUCACUUCAGCUGUCAACCCACUUGACUUCUGCCAAGACUUACUCCACUGCCCAGAAGCUUCCCCGGCUACCCGUGCCAAAGCUGGAUGAUACUUUGAGUAAAUAUUUGAAAACUGCCAAACCACAUUUGAGCAAUGAGGAGUAUGAUGUCACAUGUAAUCUUGCUAAAGACUUUGCUACCGGACUUGGACAGGAUUUACAGAGUUUGCUAGAAAAAAGAGCACAGCAGCACACAAAUUGGCUUGAGGAGUGGUGGCUCAAUACAGCAUAUUUGGAGUACCGGGAUCCAGUUGUAGUGUAUUCCAGCCCUGGUCUGGUAUUUCCAUUCCGGAAGUUCAACAGUCAGCUCGACCAGUUGCAGUAUGCAGCAAAAACGUUGCUGGCUGCACUUGAUUACAAAUCCCUAAUUGACAAUGACAAAAUUCCAACUGAGAUGAUGGGCAAAAACCCAUUGGACAUGCAACAGUAUAAGAAAAUAUUUGGAACAUGUCGGAUCCCCGGUCUAAAGAGAGAUUCAUUGUCAUAUAAUACUACCAGCAAACAUGUUACUAUCAUCCAUAACAAUCAUAUCUUCCAUGUUGAUCUCUGGGGAGACGAUGGUAAAGUUCUUAAUGAAGAUCAAAUAGUACAGCAGCUGGAGAAAGUAAUAGAAAUGUCCGAGGCUCCGUCGCAAGAUGGCAUUGGUAUUCUCACUUCGGAAAAUCGAAAUGCUUGGGCUAAAGCUUAUGAUGUACUGAUAAAAGACAAUCAAAACAAAGAAUCAUUGAAGGACGUGCAAUCAAGUCUAGUGGUACUUUGUUUGGACAAGCCUGUGGGGCUGUGGAAGGCGGCCGACAAAAAUGGCCGCCAAAACAUUGCCGGCGCGCAGACUAUCCACGGAGGAGGCGCGGGACUCAACGGUGGCAAUCGGUGGUUCGAUAAGACAGUGCAGUUUAUAGUCGGUGCUGACGGCGUCACAGGGUUGACUUACGAGCACUCCCCAGCCGAGGGCCAACCUAUUGCCGUGCUAACGGACUUCCUCAUCAAUUUCAUAGAUCAGAAUAAAGCUGCAGGUAGGCCUGCCUCGUCAAGCCCGAAACUCCCACAGCUGCUGAAGUUUAAUGUGAACUCAGAGGUGGCUGGCAUGAUCAACACAGCAAAGAGCAGUUUAGAUAAACUAGUAAACAAUCUUGAGCUGAACUGCUUUACGUACGAAAAGUAUGGGAAGAACUUUAUCAAGUCACAAAAACUAAGUCCAGACAGUUACCUGCAGAUGGCUAUGCAGUAUGCAUUUUACAGGUUGCACAAAACGCCCGGCGCGCACUACGAGUCCGCAGCGACGCGGAUGUUCAUCGGCGGCCGCACCGAAACCAUCCGCUCCUGCUCAAUAGAGUCCGUCGAGUUCGCCAACGCCAUGCUGGACUCCAAGCGCUCACCUAAGGACAAGAAGGCGGCUAUGCAGAGCGCUAUUAACGCGCACAAGAAUUAUACAGUUAUGGCUCUUCAAGGGCUCGGCGUAGAUCGUCACCUUCUCGGGUUGAAGUUGAUCGCCCUGGAGAACGGCAUCGAUAUACACAAGCUGUAUUCCGACCCAGGAUACGUGAGGAGUGCCCACAUGCGGUUGUCCACCAGUCAGGUGGCAUGUAAAUGCGACGGCUUCAUGUGCUACGGCCCUCUAGUCAGCAACGGCUACGCGACGUGCUACAACCCGCGCGACAACGACGUCAACUUCGCCACGUCGGCCUUCAACGACAACCCGGAGACCAGCUGCGACAAGUACAGGGGCGCCUUGGAACAGUCCCUCCAAGAUAUGCACGACGUGCUCCUGCUUAGCACACAAGCUAAACUGUAAAUGUUUAGUUGUAUAUUCUUUAAAAAAAUCUUGAGCGCAAUUUAUAAAGCUACCAGUUACAAUUUUACAAAUAUAAAGUGGCAACACUGACCAAAACGCCGCUCGCCAUUGGUCAGGGCCGUAUUCCAUCUGUCCAAUUUCUUGGUCCAAUGUCAUUGACUCUCACUCUAGACGCGUCUCGAUAUCGCGCGGCGGCCGCGCGAGCAAUGUUCGACCGCGGCACACCUGCAUUUUGGCGCGCGGAGCCAAUUUCGACACCAUCUAGAACUUAUGCGCAGCGGCCGCGCGCGGCAGGCGAUCCGACGAUCGACCACAUUAUAUCACAAAAAAAUAUUAUUCGGAACGAAGUAUAGCCAAAUAGAAAAAUGAUCUGCUGCGAUAAUCACUACAUUUACUGUUCAAUAGAAACUGUUUAGUGCCAUAUAAUUUAAUUAAAGUACGACACUUUUCAUUAUCCAUGUAUGCUGCCGCGCGAGCCAACUGAAAUAUAUACACACCCGUCCCAACUGCGCGCGAACAUUCCUUUGCCGCGCGUCGAAACACCGACAAUGAAUGGUUCUAUGCGCGGCGCGGGGCUCGCGCGCCAAUGAUCGAGUCGGCGCGCGCGGCGGUCCGGUAUCCUGCGCGCGGCUGCCGCGCGCGCCAAUGUUCGAUAGCUUGCCGCGCAAUAUGGAGACGCGGCUUCUCAUUAAGCAAAAUGUGAGACGCAAUACACAUUCGACAAAGAAAUUGGAUAGGUGGAAUACCAUCCUAACCGAUUGCAAGUGGCGUUUUAGUCAGUGUUGCCACUUUACAUCACGCGUGUGUCGAACGUAGCUGUAUGAAAUGGGGUCUAGAUUGUUAAGUUUGAUAUAACUACUUGAAAAAGACUUGUGAAGAAACUUUCUCCAGAAUAUCUUUACACAUUUGUAUAUAAUAAUACUGUGAUCUUUUUCAUUAGGAGAAAUUGUAAUACAUAUGUAAUUUGAA